AUGGAUUAUUCCAGGUUGGUUGAAAAUGUUUUCUGGUUACUCAUCGACACUGGCAAUGGGAAUAGACUAUACUGUUUUGCAAUGGGAGACUUAAUGGAUACUAUGAAGAUCCGCAGGACAACACCAGUUAUUAUUUCUGCUGAAGAUCACAACAACAACAAGGGAGACCCCUACAACAACAACAAAGGCAAUCCCAACAACAACAAAAGUGAUCCCAACAACAACAAAAGUGAUCCCAACAACAACAAAGGUGAUCCCAACAACAACAACAAAGGUGAUCCCAACAACAACCAAGGCGAUCCCAACAACAACAACCAAGGCGAUCCCAACAACAACAAAAGUGAUCCCAACAACAACAAAGGUGAUCCCAAUAACAACAACAAAAGUGGUCCCAACAACAACAACAAAGGUGAUCCCAACAACAACAACAAAGGUGAUCCCAACAACAGCCAAGGCGAUCUCAACAACAACAACCAAGGUGAUCCCAACAACAACAAAGGUGAUCCCAACAACAAUAACAAAGGCGAUCCCAACAACAACAAAAGUGACCUCAACAACGACAAUAAAAGUGAUCCCAACGACAAUAAAGGUGAUUCCAACAACGACAGUAAAGGUGAUCCCAAUGACAAUAAGGGUGAUCCCAACAACAACAAAAGUGAUCCCAACAACAAAGGUGAUCCCAACAACAACAACAAAGGUGACCCCAACAACAAAAGUGAUCCCAACAACAACAAUAAAGGUGAUCCCAACGACAAUAAAGGUGAUCCCAACAACAACAAAGGUGAUCCCAACAACAACAAAAGUGAUCCCAACAACAACAACAAAGGCAAUCCCAACGACAACAAAAGUGAUCCCAACAACAACAAAAGUGAUCCCAACAACGACAAUAAAGGUGAUCCCAAUGACAAUAAAGGUGAUCCCAACAACAACAAAAGUGAUCCCAACAACAAAAACAACAAAAGUGAUCCCAACAACAAUAAAGGUGAUCCCAACAACAACAAAAGUGAUCCCACCAACAACAAAGGCGAUCCCAACAACAAAAGUGAUCCCAACAACAACAACAAAAGUGAUCCCAACAACAACAAAAGUGAUCCCAACAAUAAAAGUGAUCCCAACAACAACAAAAGUGAUCCCAACAACAACAACAAAGGUGAUCCCAACAACAACAAAGGUUAUCCCAACAACAACAACAAAAGUGAUCCCAACAACAAAAAAAGUGAUCCCAACAACGACAAUAAAGGUGAUCCCAACAACAACAAAGGUUAUCCCAACAACAACAACAACAAAAGUGAUCCCAACAACAACAAAAGUGAUCCCAACAACGACAAUAAAGGUGAUCCCAACAACAACAAAGGUUAUCCCAACAACAACAGAAGUGAUCCCAACAACAACAACAAAAGUGAUCCCAACAACGACAAUAAAGGUGAUCCCAACGACAAUAAAGGUGAUCCCAACAACAACAAAAGUGAUCCCAACAACAAAAACAACAAAAGUGAUCCCAACAACAACAAAAGUGAUCCCAACAACAACAAAAGUGAUCCCAACAACGACAAUAAAGGUGAUCCCAACAACAAUAAAGGUGAUCCCAACAACAACAAAAGUGAUCCCAACAACAACAAAGGCGAUCCCAACAACAAAAGUGAUCCCAACAACAACAACAAAAGUGAUCCCAACAACAACAAAAGUGAUCCCAACAAUAAAAGUGAUCCCAACAACAACAAAAGUGAUCCCAACAACAACAAAGGUGAUCCCAACAACAACAAAGGUGAUCCCAACAACAACAACCAAGGUGAUCCCAACAACAACAAAGGUUAUCCCAACAACAACAACAACAAAAGUGAUCCCAACAACAACAAAAGUGAUCCCAACAAUGACAAUAAAGGUGAUCCCAACAACAACAAAGGUUAUCCCAACAACGACAAUAAAGGUGAUCCCAACAACAACAACAACAAAAGUAAUCCCAACAAUAACAAAGGUUAUCCCAACAACAGCAACAACAAAAGUGAUCCCUACAACAAGGGGGACCCCAAUUACAACAACGAUAACACCUUCAAGAGCAAGGGAAACCACGAUAAUGAUAAAGACAUCAACAAUGGGUCCUUCAAAGAUUGGAAAUAUCACAACAGUCAGUCCAGGCUGUGUACCCACAAUUUCAUGUGUAGCAUGGUGAAAGUCUGGAACUCGCACCCACAAAAAGUUGUGGACGCUGAGAUCAAUUGGAGAUUUCAAAACUGUGACCGAGCAAUCAAGGAGUACCAAGGAAUAUGGAUCAAGGACGAAUAA